CCAGAAGGGUCCAUUGCUGAAGCUUACAUUGCAAAUGAAGCAUUGUCAUUUUGCUCAAUGUAUUUGAGUGACAUUGAGACGAGAUUCAACAGAUUAGAGAGGAAUUGGGUUGAAAGUGAUGUUAGCACGGCAGGAAGUUUAUCUAUCUUUCAAUCUCGCACCCGUCCUAUCGGAAAAAUGUCUCUAAUAACUCUGGACUAUGCUAUGCGAAAUAGAGCAGAGUGGUACAUUUUGCAGAUUUGCCCAGAAGUCCAACAGUAUAUUGAUGAGCACAAAGAGGUGAUUAGUUUGCGGAACACCAUCUGUUCUUUGGAUGAAAUUCAACUCAAGGAGUUUCCAGAAUGGUUUCAAAGGAAG